AAACACACACGAAUAAAGCAAAUUUCAAAAUAAUUCAUCGAUAUAUAAAAAAAAUCUGAUGAUCAUCAAUUGUGAUGUAAAUGAUGGAUACAUCUGCUUUGGUAACCACCGCAACGACCAAUGUUAAUCCAUUACUUCCAGCAUUAGUACCAUUAGCUACAUUAUUAUGGCUUAAAGCAGCUGAUCUUGGCCUGUUUAUAUCACGUAAUUCUUGGGAUCAAGAAUAUGAUUAUAUUGUUGUUGGUGCCGGUUCAGCUGGUGCUGUGGUCGCUAAUCGUUUAUCAGAAGAUUAUCGUACAAAAGUUUUACUUCUUGAAGCUGGUGGUUCGGAAACAUUAUUCAGUGAUAUACCGAUCGCAGCAGCUACAUUACAAAUGACACCCAUUGAUUGGGCAUAUCAAACUGAACCACAAAGUGUUUCAUGUUUUGGUUUAAAAAAUCAACGUAGUCGAUGGCCACGUGGUCGUGUUCUUGGUGGUUCAUCUGUUUUGAAUUAUAUGCUCUAUGUUCGUGGUAAUCGUCGUGAUUAUGAUCGUUGGGUUGAUCUUGGUGCAUAUGGUUGGAGCUGGCAAGAUGUUCUGCCAUAUUUUAUGAAAUCAGAAGAUAAUCAAGAUCCAACGGUAGCUGCAAAUGGUUAUCAUGGUGUUGGUGGUUAUUUAACCGUAGCAAAUCCACCGGAUUCAACACCCAUAUCGUUAGCGUUUCCUGAAGCAGGUAAACAUCUGGGCUAUCCAAAUGUCGAUAUCAAUGGUCCAACACAAACAGGUUUCACAAUACCGCAAGGUACAAUUCGUAAUGGUGCUCGAUGUUCAACAUCCAAAGCCUAUUUGGCCAGUGUUCGUAAUCGCCAGAAUCUUCAUGUAUUAACAUUUGCAUAUGCAACUAAAGUUAUAUUCAAUGAAUAUAAACGUGCGGUUGCCGUACAAUUUGAUCGUUUUUCAUUAACACAUAUUGUCUAUGCACGUAAAGAGAUUAUUCUAUCGGGUGGAUCUAUAAAUACAGCACAAUUACUUAUGUUAUCUGGUAUUGGUCCACGUGAUCAUUUGGAAUCAUUAGGCAUACCUGUUAUCGCCAAUUUACCGGUAGGAAAAAAUCUUCAAGAUCAUAUUUAUCCGGGUGGAAUUCAUUUCACCAUUGAUGGAAAAUAUUCAAUGAUACAACGACGAGUUUCAUCAUUACCGAAUACGAUUGCUUAUUUUGCCCUGGGAAGAGGUCCAUGGACUCUUUUGGGUGGUGUUGAAGGAUUGGGUUUUAUCAAAACAAAAUUCGCCAAUCAAUCGGAUGAUUGGCCAGAUUUUGAAAUUCAUCUUGUAAGUGGUGGCCCAUCAUCCGAUGAUGGUCAAACAUUUCGUCGUGUACAAGGCUAUACGGAUGAAAUGUGGACACAGGUUUAUCAACCAUACGUGAAAUUCGAUACGUUUUCAUUUUAUCCAGUGAUGUUGCGACCAGAAAGUAUUGGUUAUAUUCAGCUUCGAUCAUCGAAUCCAUAUGAUCCACCGAUAAUUGAUCCAAAAUAUCUAACACAUCCAAAAGAUAUAGCAUCAAUGGUGGAUGCAAUGAAAAUCUGCAUUGCUGUCGGUUUGACACCACCAUAUCGUAAGAUGAAAGCUCGUCUUUUCGAAACCAUUUUUCCUGGCUGUGAACAUUAUCCAAUGUGGAGUGAUGAAUAUUUGGCUUGUGUUGCACGUACAUUUACAUCGACAUUAUAUCAUCCAGUUGGUACGGCUAAAAUGGGCGCACCAUGGGAUCCAACGGCGGUUGUUGAUCCUGAACUUCGUGUACUGGGCGGUGUGAAAGGUAUUCGUGUUGCCGAUGGUUCUGUUAUGCCAAAAGUUGUAUCCGGUAAUACCAAUGCACCGAUCAUAAUGAUUGGUGAACGUGUAUCGGAUAUGAUUAAAGGUAUCAAUCUACCACGUUAUGAUCCUGAUACAGCUAAACGUAUGGCUGAUUAUUGGAAUGAUAUUGAUCGAAAAUUUUUCGAUCCAAAUCAUGAUCCAACAAAUUUUGAAAAUAAGAAAAAAUAAGUCAAACAACAACAAACAACAUUACUGAUAUAUUUACCCAGCCA